GAGGAGAGAAGAAGGAGAAAGAGACAGAGGUGAGGGAGGAGGAGGAGUAGACGCAGCAGCAUCAACAGCAACACCAGUAGCAGCAGCAGCGGCUGUAGACGAAGUGGUAGAGAGAGAAAAAGAAGGUGAUAGAGGAGUGAGAACAAUGACCGAGUCUGAGAGGAGACCUAACUUCUCCGCUCUGACCAACUCCAGCAAUGGUAUCAGCAGACACCAUGCUUCACCCCUCAACGCCGCCAACAGACCCGCCGCCGCCAAAAAAUUGGUCAUCAAAAAUUUCAAAGAUAAACCCAAGUUGCCGGAGAAUUACCAGCAAGACACAUGGCAGAAAUUGAAAGAGGCUGUCGAAGCCAUCCACAACAGCCACUCCAUAAAAUCCUGUUUGGAAGAACUUUAUCAGGCAGUUGAAAAUUUGUGUUCUCACAAAAUGUCUGCUACAAUUUAUGAACAGUUAAAACAUGUCUGUGAAAGCCAUGUGCAAUCUAAUCUACAACAGUUUUUAGGAAAAACCAUGGGUUAUGAAAUGUUCUUGAAGGCAAUAAACAAUUGCUGGCAGGACCAUUGUCGGCAGAUGAUCAUGAUCCGAAGUAUUUUCUUGUUCUUAGACCGAACCUAUGUGUUACAAAACUCCGCUGUACUUUCUAUAUGGGACAUGGGUUUGGAUCUGUUUAGGACACAUAUCAUUAGUCACCAAGUUGUCCAGGCAAAGACAGUUAGUGGUCUACUCCAGCUGAUCGAACGAGAACGAGCUGGUGAGGCUGUGGACAGACAACUACUGAAAAGCUUAUUGAGAAUGCUCUCUGAUCUACAGAUUUAUCAAGAAGCAUUUGAAAAGAAAUUUCUUGAAGCCACAGAUCAGUUAUAUGCCGCUGAAGGUCAUCUUCUCAUGCAAGAGAGAGAUGUCCCUGAAUACUUGGCUCAUGUAGAUAAACGUUUGAAUGAGGAAUCUGAGCGUCUGCUGCAUUACCUAGACCAGUCCACCAAAAAGCCACUGAUAUCUUGUGUUGAGAAGCAACUUCUUGAACAACACCUAUCUUUGAUGUUACAAAAAGGUCUUGAACAUCUGUUGAAUGAAAACCGGAUUUCGGAUUUAACUUUAAUGUAUCAGCUAUUUUCUCGUGUCAAGGAAGGAUUAAAAGAACUGUGUUAUGCCUUUGCUAUUUACAUUAAGGGAACUGGCAGAUUGAUUGUGAUGAAUACAGAAAAUGACCCUGAAAAGGAUAAGGAGCUAGUGCAAACUUUACUUGAUUUCAAAGACAAGAUCGACAACAUAAAUGCUGUUUGCUUCCAAAAGAAUGACAGAUUUGUGAAUACCAUGAAGGAGAGUUUUGAGCAUUUUAUCAACCAACGACAAAACAAACCUGCAGAAUUAAUUGCCAAGUAUGUGGAUUAUAAGCUCCGGGCGGGAAAUAAAGAAGCAACAGAAGAAGAAUUAGAACGGCUUUUAGAUAAGAUAAUGGUUCUGUUUCGAUUUAUCCAUGGAAAAGAUAUGUUUGAAGCUUUUUAUAAGAAAGACCUUGCUAAGAGACUUAUUGUUGGAAAGAGUGCUUCAGUUGAUGCAGAGAAGUCCAUGCUGUCAAAACUAAAACAGGAAUGUGGAGCAGCUUUUACCAGUAAGUUAGAAGGAAUGUUUAAAGAUAUGGAAUUAUCAAAGGAUAUUAUGUUAAAUUUCAAGCAUCAUAUGCCUGCACGUUCUCAGCCUGGCGGUAUUGAUCUGACUGUAAAUAUUUUAACAAUGGGUUACUGGCCUACAUACCCACAUAUGGAGGUGCAUCUUCCUGUUGAGAUGGUUCAAUAUCAAGAAAUAUUUAAGAAGUUUUACCUCGGAAAGCACAGUGGUCGCAAACUCCAGUGGCAGCCUACGUUGGGUCAUUGUGUCUUAAAAGCAGAAUUUAGUAACGGUAAGAAAGAACUACAGGUAUCUUUGUUCCAGACUCUGUGUUUCCUUCUUUUCAAUGAUGGAGAUGAGUUUACGUUUGAAGACAUAAAACAAGCUACAGCUAUAGAAGACAGUGAACUUCGUCGAACAUUGCAAUCCUUAGCUUGUGGAAAAGCCAGAGUGUUACUCAAAGUUCCUAAGGGCAGGGAUGUGGAAGAUGGUGACAAAUUUGUUUUUAAUGAUGAUUUUAAACACAAACUAUUCCGAAUCAAAAUUAACCAGAUUCAAAUGAAAGAGACGCAAGAAGAAAAUACUAGCACUACAGAAGGAGUGUUCCAAGACAGACAGUACCAAGUCGAUGCUGCUAUUGUACGGAUCAUGAAAACCCGCAAGACGCUCAGUCAUAAUUUACUCAUCUCAGAAUUGUAUAACCAGCUGAAAUUUCCAGUCAAACCGGCUGACCUAAAGAAAAGGAUUGAAAGUCUGAUAGAUCGAGAUUAUAUGGAACGGGACAAAGACAACCCUAACACUUACCAUUAUGUUGCUUAAAUAUUGGCGCCCUAAAGAUCAAUAUGGAAAAUAAUAAUAAUAAUUAUUAUUGUUUUAUCAUUGAUAAAAAAAAAAACCCAAACAAAAAAAAACUUCUGAUUUUUGUUUCCAAGUUGUAGGACUGGUACCUUAAACGUUGUCUCCACACUUACCACUGCUUUCUGUUGGUUGAUGGCGGAUGUUUGCGGAGUAAGGAAUGUAGUGUUGAUGAUGAUAACGAUGAUGAUGAUGAUCAACCUAUGGUUGUGAUCCUUGCUAGCAUGUCUAUCGAACAUCUUUAUUGACAUUGCCAACAGUUGGACAAUUAUGACAUGUAAUCUACUACUACUACUACUACUACUACUCCUCCUCCUCUUACUACUACUAUACUUAAUAAUACUCUCAUUUCUACCACUAUGGCAACAUUUACUACUACUACUACUACUGUGUUGGCAGAUUGUGGGAGCUAAGCAGAUUGAAUUCCAGCAAGUGUUUUGCAUUAGGCAAAAAGUAAUACCUGCUCAUCCACAUGGGGGGAAAAAAACGUACCCUGUUCUGUUUUAUUUCUUUCUUUCUGUCUUUCUUUUCUUACUUUUUUUUUUUUUAUCUUUGUGCUGUUCUCAGACUUCUGAGUGCCACUGUGAAGUUGGUCGUUCUGAAUUGUUUAGACGGAAUGGUUUAAUAAAGACUGAAGAAAUAACUUAUCAUUUUUCUACAACA